CGUUGCAGCAACUGCUCCUUCGCGGAGCUUGCAAGGAGGAGGCGGAGAAGAAGAAGAAGGAGAAGGAGGAGCAGGAGCCGGGAAAGAGGCAGGGAGGAACCCGCUCGCAGCCUCGCCAGUCCCGGGCGAGCUUUUCCACCGCAUCUGGAGGGCUGCGAGAGAGAUCCGGAAGGGGGGAAACUCUGCGCAACGCCCAGCGUGGGAUCCAGCAAGCGACUCUGCGCCCUUUUUGUUCUCCUCCCCGCUUUCCUCUCUCCUCGGCUGCAAAACUGAAAACCUUCCUCCUCGGGGAAGAAAGAGGCUCGGCUCCUCCUGCGCCCGCCGCCGACGCCGCCUCUGGAGCAACAUCUGGAGCGACUUUCCGCCCCCCAGAUGCCAAACGCAGCUCCCCUCUCGCCCUCCCCAGAGGCAGCUUCGUUUUAGCAGUUGGGUUGCGCUUUUUUUUUUUUUACGGGGGAGAAAGAAAGAAAGAAAGAAAGAAAGAAAGAAAGAAAGAAAGAAAGAAAGAAAGAAAGAAGAGGAGAGACAGGAAGGGACAAAUCUGUACUCCUCUUUAGGGAGAAAGUGUGUCCAGUUUUCCUGGGAUCGCAGAGCGCUCUCUACCCAGCAGCUGUGCCAAAUUUUUGGACCGCGAAAAGCGUUUGGUGGUUGGUAACUGUUAAAGAGUGGGCGGGAAGGGGCUCUGUAUUUAUUUAUUUAUUACCCCCCCCCAAAAAAAACAACCCAUUAAGGAAAGAGAGAUUGUGCAUUCGGAUCGAAGCAUUCAUAGCUUACAUUUUUUUAACAUACACUGUACUGUAUAUAUAAUUGAGGGGCGUGCAAGAUGUAUUUCCAAGGAAGAGUCUCGGGUGAAACGGACGUGAAAGUGACGAGAGCCGCCUUUACCUGCCUUCUUCUGCUGCUCCAAUCCCUCCCUGCAAAGGUUUGGGCCCGCCAGCGCUGUGAAAACGGGCGCUUCACCUCCGCCGGAGAUUGCUGCAACCACUGCCCCCCGGGUUUUGGGGUGGCCGCUCCUUGCGGGAGCGCCAACACCAAGUGCGAGCCGUGUCAAGAAAGCGUGACGUUCUCCCCCGUCGCCAGCGCCACGGAGCCGUGCCGGCCUUGCUCGGUGUGUCCGGGCCACGCGCUCCUGCUGGCUCCCUGCACCCCUGCCCACGACACGGUCUGCGCCGCCAGCUGCCCCCGGGGGCAUUACCUCCCUGCUGGAAACGGGAGCCAGGGCAACGGGCAGUGCCUCCCUUGCCAAGUUUGCCCCGAAGGCUACGGAGCCCUGAAGCCCUGCGGCUCCAGCAGCGACGCCGUGUGCCAGAGGUGCCCAAACGGCUAUUACUCGGAGUCAAAGAGCUCUGUGGAAGCCUGCCAGCCCUGCCGGCAAUCGUGCGGCAAAAGCGAGGUCAUGAUCCAGGCCUGCACGCCUCUCUCGGACACGCUGUGCAUGGAUAAAGAGCUUCAGAUCCUGAAACGCAGCCAGGGUGAGGCCCGGAAGGAGUUCCCCAAAAGGACGCCGCUUCUGGAUUCGGAAGGCAGCCUCGCCCCCAAUGCUUCCUCUUCAGAAUUUGGGCCGCCGUUGGCCGAGGACAACAGCAAGGACAUAAUCCCCGUCUACUGCUCCAUCCUGGCAGCCGUGGUGGUGGGACUCGUUGCCUACGUGGCUUUCAAAUCCUGGAGCUCAUGCAAGCAGAAGAAGCAGCUGGCCAAGGCCCGAGCGGGGGAUCUGGUGGCGUCCCCAGAUGGCGAGAAGCUUCACAGCGACAGCGGGGUCUUCCUCGACACCCACAGCCUGCAGGACCAGCACCUUCCCAAAAAAGUGCACAGGAUUGAACCCCGCCUGUACACGAACCUCCCGCCCCACAAGCAAGAAGAGGUGGAGCAGCUUCUGGAAGCCCCCGCCCACGGCAAAGACUGGCGCUGCCUGGCCAACCACCUGGGCUACGAGGAAGAGACCAUCGACGCCUUCGGACGGGGGGAGGCCCCCGCCCACACCCUGCUCUCCGACUGGUCAGCCAAGGAAGGGGCCACGCUGGAGUCCCUCUGCACGGCCCUGGCGGCCAUCGAGAGGGCGGACGUGGCAGAGAACUUGAGCGCCCCCGCCGAGGUCAGCUCCGUGGUGUGAUGGGGGGGGGGGCGGACCUGCUGGCCCAGCAGGUGGACUGACUAAGGGUUACGUUUGUUUGUUUGUUUGG